AUGGCAGGGACUGUUAGGAUAUUGGGGGGUUGUUUGUUAUUUCUCCUUUUCUCUGGUGCGGAAGGACAGCGCAGCAGGGAGAGAGUUUACUAUGUGGGGAUCGUUGAGGACUUGUGGGAUUAUGCGCCAAGUGGAAAAAACCUGCUCAACGGGAAAGACAUCCAAAAUGAUGAAUCUGCAUCUGUGUUCCUGCUGAAGGGACCUGACCGUGUUGGCAGUGUCUAUAAGAAGGCCAUGUACCGACAGUAUACAGAUGCCACCUACACCCGCCUCGCUCCACGACCGGGCUGGUUGGGUUUUCUGGGUCCCAUACUGCGAGCUGAGGUUGAUGAUGUAAUCGUGGUUCACUUGAAGAACUUUGCAACCAGGAACUAUUCCAUGCAUCCCCACGGGGUCUUCUAUGAGAAGGAUGCAGAAGGGGCACUGUAUCCAGAUGGGACGUCAAACAAGUUAAAGAAGGAUGACUCCGUCCCUCCGGGAGGCAGCUAUACUUACCGCUGGGAGGUCAGACCUGAGUUUGCUCCCACAGCUGAUGAUGCCAACUGCCUGACAUGGGUCUACCACUCACACUUGGACGCCCCCAGAGACAUUGCCUCAGGGCUUAUUGGGGCACUGCUCACCUGCAAGAAAGGAAUCUUGAAAGAAAGUAAUUCCCUAAACCUGGAUCAGCAUGAGCUACAGUCAGUCAUUGAGUCAGCCCGCAACGAUGUGGACCAGGAUGUCUUCUUGAUGUUUUAUGUGGUGGACGAAAACCUGAGUUGGUAUCUGACAGAGAACGUUCAGAAUUUAACUGAUGUUCCGGAAGAUGAGGACUUUGAGGAGUCAAACUUGAUGCACGCUAUUAAUGGAUUCAUGUUUGGGAAUAUGCCCAAACUUGAGUUAUGCCAGCACCGUGCAGUCGCCUGGCAUUUGUUUGGAAUGGGCAACGAGGUGGACAUUCACUCUGCCUUUUUCCAUGGGAAUACACUGCUGGAUCGUGGCCACCGCACCGACGUCCUCAGCCUCUUCCCGGCCACUUUUGCAACAGCUGAGAUGGUCCCGAAGUCUCUCGGAAAGUGGCUCCUGACCUGCCAGGUUAAUGACCACUUGCAGGCUGGGAUGCAGGCCUUCUAUGAAGUUAAGUCAUGUGGCACUGAUACCAGCCCCACAGCAGAGAAUGGUGUUGUAAGGAAUUACUACCUCGCAGCAGAGGAGGUGCUGUGGGACUAUGCACCCUCUGGGAGAGAUCUAAUUAAUAAUGUAUCCUUAACUGAGGCUGACAGUGCAUCUGAGGUGUUCUUUGGCAGAGAUGGUGGUAGGAUUGGCGGUCAGUACCUGAAAGUGAUAUACACCGAGUACACAGACAAUACCUUUACCACCAAAAAAGCAAGAACACCUGAAACCCAACAUUUAGGAAUCCUAGGUCCAGUACUGAGGGCAGAGGAAGGAGACACUCUCAAAGUGACAUUCAUGAACAUGGCAAAAAGAAACUACAGCAUCCAGCCUCAUGGCCUACAUUAUGAUAAACGCUUUCAGGGAAGCAGCUAUGAGGAUGGUGUUGACAAGCCUGGCUCCCAUGUUGGUCCAGGUGAAAACUUCACCUACACUUGGCAGGUUCUGGAGGGUCCAUCGUCAUCAGAUUCUCCCUGUAUUCCCUACCUUUACUACUCUGCCACUGAUCCCACCAAAGACACCAACUCUGGAUUAGUCGGUCCUCUGCUUGUGUGCAAGAAAGGGUCACUUGGAGAGAAUGGAACCCAGCAGGGUGUGGAUAAGGAGUUCUUCUUUCUCUUUUCUGUCAUGGAUGAAAACAUGAGCUGGUAUCUACAGGAAAAUAUUGACAAUUAUGGCAGCAACGAGACAAAUCCUGAAAGCGAAGAGUUUGAGGAAAGCAAUAAGAUGCACGCUGUUAAUGGAUUCAUGUAUGGGAAUCUCCCUGGACUGGAGAUGUGUGCCGGGGACAGAGUUAGGUGGUACACCUUUGGCUUGGGUACAGAAGUGGACCUCCAUGGUGUUUACUUUGAGGGGAAUACUUUCAGGAAGCAGAGCACCACACGGGACACUGUCAGCCUUUUCCCUCAUACCACUGCUUCUGUUGAAAUGCAGCCAGACACUGCCGGUGUGUAUGAAGUAAGCUGCAGAGUGACAGACCACUACUCAGCCGGCAUGAGGCAACAGUACAAAGUAAACAGCUGCAAAGUGAAGCCAGCUGAAGUAAAACUAGACAAGACUGUGCAGUAUUUCAUCAGUGCUGAAGAAAUAGAGUGGGACUACUCACCUGAGAGAAACUGGGAGCUGGAGAAGCACCACGCCACAUCAGAGGACAGUCCAGGUAGUAUUUUUGUGGAGAAGGGGAACAACAGAAUCGGCUCUCGCUAUAAGAAGGUGGUUUAUCGAGAGUACACCGAUGACACUUUCAGAGUUCAGAAGCAGCGACCGCCUGACCAAAAGCACUUAGGAAUCAUGGGUCCAUUAAUCAAAGCAGAGGUAGGAGAACAGAUCAUCAUCACCUUCAAGAACAAAGCCAGCCGACCUUACUCGAUUGGUGCACAUGGAGUAAAAGCAAGUGGUGCACACAUUCCAGUCAAACCUGGCUUUAUACUUGAGAUGACAUGGGAUGUUCUAGAACGUUCUGGUCCAGGACCCUCAGAUCCUAAUUGCAUCUCCUACGCUUAUUACUCAAAUGUUGACUUUAUCAAGGAUUUGUACAGUGGUCUUCUGGGCCCCCUGGUCGUAUGCAGGCCUGGGACUCUGCAGAGAGGCAAGGGCUCCGACAGACAGAGGGAUGAUGUGGAGAAGGAGUUUGCACUGCUCUUCAUGGUUCAUGAUGAAAACGAGUCAUGGUAUUUGGAUGACAACAUCAGAACAUACCUCGGCGUGGACCCUGAUGCCAUCAAUCAGGAUGAUGACUUUAUGGAAAGUAACAAGAUGCACGGGAUCAAUGGGAGGCUGUACGGUAACCUGCAGGGCCUGGUGAUGACGCAGGGCCAGAAAGUUGACUGGUAUCUGUUGGGCAUGGGCAAUGAAGUGGACAUGCACACUGUUCACUUUCAUGCUGAAACGUUCACCUACAAGACGGAUCGUGUACACCGUGCAGACGUAUUUGAUCUCUUCCCUGGGACUUUCCAGACUGUGGAAAUGGUGGCUGGAAACCCAGGGACUUGGUUACUCCACUGUCAUGUAACUGACCACAUCCAUGCUGGCAUGGAGACCACAUUCACAAUUGAAGACUCCACCUCACGGGCAUCUGGGACUUCCAGCUCCAUGCAGACGCUGUUACUCUGCCUGGCUCUUGGGCUCCUGGCUUUAUUUGUCCUGUAAUAAUGAAGGGGACGCUGACACUGGAUUGUACACCUGUAGCCACAACGGUGGUCAUUAAUGCACUUAAAACAAAGGAGAAAAUCACUGUUGCUAUUGCUGGAAUAAUGUAUAUAAAUAUUAUGCUACAUUCACAUAUGCCAGUAGUCGAGUUCAAAUUUAUUUUCUUAGACACAAGCUUCUAUUUUCUAUAUGUGGGUUUUUAUUAUGUUGCUUUGUAUUUUGUACUGUAUGUCAAAGAAUUUGUGGUGAUAUUUUUUUGCAAAGAACUGCUGUAACCAAACAUUUUAUCCAAUAAUGAAAUGUGCAAUAAAGAAUUGUGUUCAUGUGUUGAGAUUAUUUGCGUGAGGGCAUGUGCUAACAUAUGUAGGACCACAAGGUGGCGCAUUUUCCUUUCAACAUUGUGGUCCAAAGACAAGGCAGCUGACCCGUCAUCACAACUGUUUUCUGUGCAUUAUCAGUUGAACAUACAAAGUAUAUUGAAUUUCUAUAGUAAAUCAAAAGUUUCAGAGUGCUUUAGUGCCUAUCAAAUACCUGUAGGAUGUCGAGAUAUGUGGUUUGGAGGGAGGAUAAUAAAAUAUGUAAGAA